AUGUCCCCUGGUCCAGUUCUUACGGUCGACGGCAAGCCGACAGACCACCUCGACGAUGAGAAACCAACUGUGAUCGAUUACCCCGAGACCGCCGACCUUCCUGCAGUGCACCAGAUUGCUACACCUCUGAAACCUCUGGGCGACCAUGUACCAGCAAAGGGCGUUCGAGCGCCGGUUGUCGUGCCCAAAGACCGUGGACUGGCAGCCGACCCAAACCUACCAAACCUCUUCCCUUCUGGAAACAGCGAGAUCAAAAGAACAGACUUGACGCCGUCGCUAGGCACGCUCAUUUCGGGACUGCAGCUGUCCAAAUUGACGGACAAACAAAAGGAUGAGCUGGCCUUGCUUGUGGCACAUCGAGGAGUGGUCUUCUUCCGGGACCAAGACAUAACAACCCAACAGCAACGAGACUUGUUCGAUUAUUAUGGUAUACCGGAAACCGAUCCUGAUCCUGAAUCUGGGAAACCUGUUACAACCACUAUCCAAGAGCAAGAAGAGGACUUCCGCAAUACCUAUGUCCAUUUCAAAUGGCCCUUUGCCGACUUCCACGCCGACAGCAGCUUCCAGGCCAACCCUCCUUCUUUCUCUAUGCUAAGGGUUGUAGAGCUACCUCCGACCGGAGGUGACACGAACUGGAUUUCCGGCUACGGCACGUACGAGACACUCUCAAAACCGCUACAGCAAUUCGUCGAUGGGUUGAAAGCAUGGCACAGUUCCGAGCUCCUCUACGAUUCCGUCCUCAAUCACUGGGGAGUCAAGCCCGGCGACCGUCCCGUCGAAACCUUACAUCCAGUAGUCACCACCCACCCGGUGACCGGAUACAAAGUGCUCAACCUGAAUUCCGGAUUCGUCAGACGCAUCGACGGCCUGAACCGGUUCGAAUCCGAUCGGUUGCUGGACCUUCUCUACACGCACAUCCAUACCGCGCAGGACCAACUUGUCCGGUUCCGGUGGGAGAAGAACUCCGUCGCGUUUUGGGACAAUCGCGCCGUCACGCAUCGGGCCACGCAUGAUUACGCGCCUCUUAACCGGCGCGGCGUCAGGGUCACCAUCAAGGGCCAGGUCCCGGUGCAUGUUCCUGACAGUGUUAGUCGGAAGGAGGCAUUGGCCAAGGUGUUGAAGGAGGGCAAAGUCCAGGCGGUGCAUAACGCCAAUCUAAGAGAAGGCGAUUAUCGGGGACGAGAGGCACAGAUUCCGGUGGAUUUGUAG